AAGCAAUUGACAAGAAAGUGGGUGUUUGAUUACCACAACGUGCCAUUGUUUGAGGGCGUGGAUAGGGAGGUGGCAGCUGGAGGGACGGCGACUUGUGGCCGGGCGGGCCGAGCGUUUUGUCACGCCUUCUGCCCUGGUCAGCAGCGGAAGCGGCAGCAAGUUGGGAAAGCGACGACGGCGAACUGCUACAAGGUCGUUCAUCCUAAUCACACACCACACCUCACCAUGCAGCCGUCGCACAUCAGACCCGCCCAGUUCGGCACCAAGUUCGAGGGCCACCACGGCAUGCAGCCCUGGGUCAGCCUUCCCAACUACAAGGCCUACCAGAGCAAAUACGGCCCCAACUACAAGAUUGGCACCAACUUCCACGGCAUCGACCUCCACCGCGCCAGAAUCUUGUACNNCGGUACCACCGCUGCUGGCUUCGGUGCCGCCGCCGGUCUCUUCGCCCUCUUCUUCUUCGCCGACAUCCCCCGUGUGCGAAAGGACAUUAUGCAGAAGGUCCCCUUCAUCGGCAGCCACUUUGUCAAGGAGAUUGCCCCCGAGGACAACCCCUUCUAA